AUGCCUAGGGGCAAGAAGCAGGAGAUUCCGAUGUGCCAGCACGUUACCACCGUCCACAAAGCUUUCUGGCGCCUUCCCACCGACCGGACGCGGCCGACGCGACGAGACGACGUCCGCUCUCCCCCACCAGCACGCCAUCGACGCGACAUGUUUCUCUCACAGGUACGGCACGUCGUGCACGCGCAAGGGUUGUGUGUACCGCCACCCGCCCAAGCCGCCGAAGAAGGUCCACGUGCCCAAAACCAGUGAAAUUUGCGUCCACUACGUGAGCGGGUGCUGUUCCUUCGCGGAGAAGUGCCACAUGCGGCACCCCGGCAAGGCGGAAGCCCAAAAGUUCCGCGAGACGUGCGCGUCGAUCGCGUGUCGGUUCGGCGUGGACUGCGCGAACCCGAAUUGUCUCUAUGAUCAUACGGGGAGUGGGAGGACGCGGGAGGCGCCGCUGCCUCCGGCGCCCGCUACUGUAGCACCACAGACUGCGCCGGUCGGUGAUAAGUGGUGGACGGACGCGUCCGUCUUCGGUGAUCGAGAUUGCGAUCCUAUUUCGUUGGAGCCUUUAUCGGAGCUCGAGUACCCCCCGUUCGGCUUGCAAGAGCAGGGUGUGUGGCACUUCUUCGACGGUGCUGUCCUAGCAACAUACUUAGUGUCGACGGCGACGUUCUGCAACCCCAUGACGCGGACGCCUUUGACUAGAGAUGAUUGUAGAGCUUUGGACGAGUAUUUGCUCGAGAACGGCCUCCGGGCUGGCCUCAAGGACGUCCUCGUCACGCACGCCUACGACCUGCUCGAGAUGACGCGCAAGGGCCAGGAUGUUGGUGCGAUGAUUUCUCGUUCUCAAAGAGAAGCUACCACCGUACUCAAUUCGUUGUUCGGGUUCUCGCGCUACGAGCCGCCGCCGGACUCGGCCAAUACCGCAAACUAUGUCGACUCCUACGUGGUCCGAGGCGACACCAACGGCCAAGGCGGCGCGACGCUCGGUGAGGCCGUAGCGCAGGAGGAGCCCGAGCCGACGCAGGUGGCCCCGCCGCCCGCGCCGGCUCUAGACGAGUCGGCGUUUCCUGGGCUGUCGGCCCUCGGCUUGAACCUCGGGAAUACGGCGAACGACCUGAGUUUGAACGGGUUGUCGUUUGCGGACCAGGCCGCGAAGCCUGCAGCUGUCCCUCAGGCGCCUUCUGGCUACCGCGGUCCUUCACUGAAUGGAGGUGCCAAACCUACCUCAGUAAAAGUCCCGCGGGAGAUCUGGGUUCCUUUGAGAAACGCUCGAGUCUUCGAGGUCCAGGACCCCUUGGAAAGGUACCGUAUGGUCGCGGCGAAUCACGAUCGCAGAGACGUGGUCGAUCUGCACUUCCAGUCGUCGCGGACGGCUCCCGUCGUGCUGCAGCACGUGUUAGAUACUGCCAUACGAGCCAACCCGUCGGGCGUCUGGGUCGUUACUGGUUCUGGUCAUCACGCGCCGCGCAACAGUCACCAGCAGAAGAAGGCGUCGCUGUUCAAUUUUGUUGGAGAUUACCUGGCGGCGCAAGGGUACUCCUCGACAAUAGCGAAGGACCACAACGGCUUCGCCGGGGCCUACUUGGUCCAGGGGCCAGCUAGAGGCACGGCCGCGCGGCCCAUUCCGGCGACGUACGCGCCGUACCGGACGGGCGCGCACCGCGUGUCGUCGGCGACCUUCGCGGCCGCACCCCUAGACUGGAGCGCGGGCGGCGUGGCGUCUACUCCAUCACCCUUUUCGUCGUCGUGGGGCGCGACGCCCGCGGCGCCGACGUGGUAG